AUGGCUUUGGACAAACGGGGUGAUGUCGCGGCGGCGGAGAUUGUUAUUUACAUCCCUAUCCUGGUGAUCAGCUUUAUACUGGUCGUGCGGCAUGGUUUUGCCCGGACAGCGGGAUGGAUUUUCCUCGUCAUUCUAUCCAUCAUCCGCAUUGUUGGCGGCGUUACGCAUGUUCUUUCAGAGACGUCGGAUAAGAACAACUCGACAUUAAUCACCAUCUACAGUAUUAUGGAGUCUGCGGGUCUGUCACCGCUGUUGAUGGCAACCUUGGGCUUCUGCAACACUGUUGCACAGAACUCUGUCGACUCACACCCACUCAUGUCCCGCGGCACGCAUCUGAUGGGUCUAUUGGGCACGCUCGCCCUUGUACUGUCCAUCAUUGGUGGUGUGAAAAUGGGGGUCGCGAAGACCGAAUCGGAUUUGCACAGCGCGUCGACCCUGCGUCACGUUGGUUCUAUCCUCUUCCUUGUUUUAUUCGUCGCGACCUUUUUCGUGCACGUCUUCCUCUGGAACAACCGUGGCCGGAUCCUCAAGUACAGACGUCAGCUGCUCGCGGGCAUCUCCGCAGCGCUACCCUUUCUCUUCAUCCGCGUGCUCUACAGCGUCCUCGGUUCCUUCGCGCCGCUAAGCGAGAGCAUCGACGCCAACGGCAAGGUCACACACACGACGAACAACUCCUUUCUCAGCAACUUCAGCAUCACGGGCUCAUGGGUGAUCUACGUCGUCAUGUCCGUGCUCAUGGAGUACAUCGCGAUCCUCAUCUACGUCAUCGUUGGUAUCAAGACGCCGCUGCAGAACGACUACCUGCAGAGCCCGCUGGCGGAGCGCUGGGACGAGGAUUCCGCUGAGUCGGCGAAGCUCCAGCCGUACGCGAUGCAGCAGCCAUAUGCCCAGAGCCAGCCGUCGUACGCGCAGGGUCAAGGAUAUGCUGCACCUUACGAAUGA